AUGGCCUCCUCAACACUCCCUUCAAACGGCCGUCUCGUCAACAUCGGCACGCACUCUCUGGCUCUCUACACUAAUGGCCCAGAUUCCAGCAGCUCUAACGAACCCGUCGUGGUAUUUAUCUCGGGUGUGGCAAGCGAUGCCCUCAACUGGCAAGCCGUGGUGCGGCUGCUAGGUACGUCGUUGCGAAGCUACACGUACGACCGUUCAGGCUAUCGCAAUUCAGAGCCCUCGCCGCUCGCUCCCUCGGCUGAGAACGUUGCCCUGGAGCUCUCUCUUCUCAUCGACAAGGCACCCAUCCUGAACCCUUUGAUCCUCGUAGGGCACUCCUGGGCUGGUGUAAUCAUGUACGAGUACAUCGCCUUAAAGGGAACUAACCAAAUCGCUGGUCUGGUGUUCGUGGACGCCAACCAUGAGACAGCACCACUGGUGAUGGACCCGAAUGAUCCAAUUCUCUGGGCUGUUGCCGCGAAUGUUGACCCAUACUCUGCCUGGGGCUUGGAGGCAGAACACAAAUUCACGCAAGAGGAGUGGGACGCGUUCAAGGCAGUGAAAACAACUGAGAAGCACAAGCUGAUUGUGCACAAGGAGGACGUUGAGAACUACAUACCAAGUUUUGAGACGCUGCGGAAGAAGGAGCUGAGUAAGAAGCAGCCACUCGUUGGAAACAAGCCGGUUUAUGUAAUUGGGGGUACACGAAGCAGGGAUUGGAGUGGAUUGUACAAGGCGGGCGUUGCUAAAGGGAACGGGACUGAGGAGCAGAAGAGCUAUGUGAGAGAGUUGAUCAAGACGAUCGAUGCAAAGAAUAAGGAUCUCAUGAAGGAAUUCUUGAAACUCUCCACAAGGAGCGAGCUUGUCUUCGCCACUGAGAGUGGACACUUCGUGCAAAUCACUCAGCCGGAAAUCGUCGUUGAUGGAGUGAAUUGGGUCCUAGAUAACCUUUCAGAGUCUUCUUAG